UGCCGAUUGUUGCCGAGGCCGUGGGCGGGUGUUCGGAAUAAAUCGGCCAUUGUCGGCCACGCCUCGCGAGGAUUCACGAGAAUUAAUGAGCGGCGUGCAUCGACGACCCGCCAUUUUGAGAAGGAAGUUCUGAGCUCUGACGAGUUACAAGAAACCACCGAGCAUACAAGAUCAACAUGUCCUACGCCUACUCCGGAAACAACGACUGCAGGAUCUACGUGGGGAACCUCCCACCUGAGGUGCGUCAAGAGGACAUCAAGGACGUCUUCUACAAGUACGGCAAGAUCAUCCACGUGGAUCUCAAGAUCGGCAGGGGACCGCCGUUUGCCUUCGUAGAGUUCGAAGACAAGAGGGAUGCUGAUGACGCCGUGUACGGGAGAGAUGGCUACACCUUGGAUGGGUACAGACUGAGGGUGGAGUUCCCCAGGGGGUCAGCAAGGGGUGGCUACGGAAGGAGUGGUGGUGGUGGUGGCGGCGGUGGUGGCGCCCGCCGGGGUGGCGCACCCUCGCGGCGGUCCGAGUACAGAGUCUUGGUUUCAGGUCUGCCUCCAACUGGCAGCUGGCAGGACCUGAAGGACCACAUGCGGGAGGCCGGGGACGUCUGUUUCGCGGACGUCUUCCGGGACGGCACCGGAGUCGUGGAGUUCUUGCGUUACGAUGACAUGAAGUAUGCGGUCAAACACCUGGAUGACUCAAAGUUUAGGUCCCACGAAGGGGAGGUAACCUACAUUCGCGUGAAGGAAGACUCUCCGUCGAGUGGUGGUGGUGGCAGUGGCGGCGGUGGUGGCGGUGGCUACAGCCCGCGCAACAGAUCCAGAAGCAGGAGCCGUUCGCCAUACCAGAGGCGCCGUCGGUCUCGAUCCUCGCCACGGUACUCCCCAGUGCGCCGAUCGCGCUCUCGCUCCCGCUCGUAAGCGGCGGGGCCCUUGGAUCGUCAGCGUAAUUCGUGAAGGGGGUAUGCUUCUGGCGGUGGCCCGUAGUACUGUAUUUUAGAGCUGAAAAAUGUGAUCAGUUACAGGGGAGCCCAGGGUAGAAGCAGCACCAUUCCACAGUUUAGAACAAUAUCCUACUCUGAAAGAGCAAGAAAUUCCCUGGGUGUUACACUACUAAUCUUGGCUGUAGUACAGUGUCGGAAAUUAAUCACAAACAUAGUCGCAAAUGUAUAGUUCCUUGAUCUAUUUGUAGGACCUUUUUGUACCGCUGUGCUAGUUGUUUCUCGUCAUUUUUAUACUGUGUGGUAACUAGGAGUAGCUAAGUUUGAUAGCACAGGAGACGCCAUAGCUGUUAGAAGUAAUGUGUGUGUACAAGCUUUAUAUAUAUAACAUGUUGUGUUACACAAAUGAGGGUGGCAGUCACAAGUGAAUGUACAUAACCGAGUGAACUGACAUUGAAUGGGGUAGCGAUUAUUUUCUUCGCUUUGGUUGGGUAGCCAUUUUGAAGAUGAUCCAUGUCUUAAUCUUUAGCAUUUGUAAUAUCGUCAUUAAAUGAUCAACUUAUAUUUUAGAUACCGUUACCAGUAUUCAACAAAAAAAAUACAGGAAGUCAUCAUACCAAGGUAGCAUCUAACGUAGAAUAACUUUUUUUUACUCUUUAAGUUUAACCAUCCAAAUACCUAACUUCCAACUCUUGGAUAGACGACACUUUUUACUUUGCAUCUACACAGUAAUAAUGAAUCCUAAGGAUUUGUACACCUAAUUGUCUUAAGUUUAACAAAUUGAAACUGUUACUAAUCAGUUUUUUUAUCAAGAAGUAAGAUAAUACAGAGGUUUUCCAAUCUCAUCUCGUACCUUUUUGUUUCUUGACACUAUCAUCACUGAUGCAUGUAAAUAGCAAUGGGUGAUUUAAGGGGUUAUGUUAGGUUAAAAGUUUCUUACACAGUUCAGUAUUUUUGGUGGACUUUUGUUUUGGAUUUAGGACGUUUUCAUUUCAGGUUACAGUGUCGGCUACAAGGAUGUGACCAAAUUAAAGUUUUCAGACGUCACCAAUAUUUUAAUGCUUCAAUAAAACUCAUCUUAUACCAAAAUGA